GUUUUUUUUGUUGUUUUCUUCCUAAGCUCCGCUCCUCUGUGCAGCUCCGAUGUAUAAAACAUUCGCACCAGAGUUCCUUUGACAGAACGUGUUGAUGACGCCUUCAUCUACAACAACAACAACAGAACUCAGCUGCUGUGAAGCUAACUAGCCGGCCUAGUUAUUCUGAUUUUUUUUAUAUGUAUAUAUUUUAUUUUUCGUAUUGUUUUUAUUGGUGUCUUAACAGUUACUUGCUCAUUCGGGUAUGAAGUUAACGCUAUAAAAUCUCGACUUUAGUUUUUCAUUUGUUUUGAAUUUGAAAGUCUUUGUCUGCUAGCAUGUUAGCUUUAAAGCCGAGCAUAACUCGGAGCCUCUCCUCUUCCAGCUGAAGGGCAUAAAUAUUUAUGGCAAAGCCAGAACACAGGACCUUCUGGUGGAGAUUCUGACCUCCACCAGUAAACACAAGCCUUUAAUUAUCCGUCAAAAAUGUCGCCACAGAAAAAACUUCUCGUCCCAGUAAGCAGCAGGCGGAAAGCCGUGGACGACUUCUUCCCCUUUAACUCGCUGCCGGUGGAGUGCCAGCUGCACGUCUUGUCCUUCCUGAACGAGGUGGACAAAUGCAGCUGCGCGCUGGUUUGCCUGAGCUGGAGUUGCCUGGUCCGGUCGUGGAAACUGUGGCGGGUUGCAGACUACUCUCGGCGCGGUGCCUUCCAUCUAGGUCAGGAGGGGCUGCUUGUUUCCAACCGGGAGUUUGAGCGAUGGAAGGCCUGGGUCCACCACUACACCCACCAUCUGAUCUCCCGGCGGGCCAGCCUGCUCACGCUAAAGGCCAGCUUCGACCUGGGAGACCGCUGCAACAAGUGGAGUGAACUGCUGAGUCACCUGCUGGAUAACGUCCACUGCAGAGACCUCAGCCAUCUGGACCUCAACUGGACCUUUACCCUCUUUGAGCCACUGGACCUAAGAGUGCACUCCAGCUCUAGUUCACACCAGGACAGCAUAACUAAGAUGGACCAGGUGACCAGCUUUCAGGAGCUGCUCGGCAAACUCACCCACAGCUGCCCGCGAAUUUCCAAGAUGCGUUUACAUUUCGACUGGUCGGAUCUGUCUGUGUCCCUGCUCACCCGGUUCCAGCAGCUACGAACCCUAGAGCUCAAGUACUUCUGGGUCUUCAAACUAGUGACAUCCUCCACGCUCCAGACGCUUACCAAAUCCCUGCCCAACCUAAAGUCGCUGACUUUGCACAUCCUGGUGCCUCUGAGGAACCUGGGAAUCUCGUACACGUUGGAAUCUGAGUCUUUGGAGUUCCUGGACGUCUCGCCCAGCCGCGGUUUGGUCUUCUCCUGCCUGAAGCUGCCGGCUCUGAGAGAACUCCGAGCUAAGAAGAUAGUGCGAGGUAUCACGCUGGACCGUAGGACAAGGCUUCGGAUCCAGAGCAGGUGGCCUUGUCUGUACCAUGUCCUCCAGCAGGGGACACCAAAGCUUCAGACCCUGAACAACGAGAGGCUCCUUCCUACAUGGAGGGAGAAGAGCUACGGAGAGCUGACCGCCAUCCUGGAACAGUCCUGCUACUGUGUGCAGCAUCUAGACAGCUGGCUGUGGUAGUCAGCUGACUGAGACCGAAGAUCCGUCUGUGUAUUGUAAAUGCCAGCCAAAGCAAAACACUGCUUUUACUCCCCUCAUUGUUGCUUUUAGUCCAACAAACUGAGGACACAGAGGUUGUUUGUUGCUGCAGAUGAAAAAUAGGAUGUGACUGCAGGAUCCUCCCAGUUCCUAAACUGGAAUCUGCUCUUUGUGUAAAAACACACGUAGGAUUGAGGCAAUGAUGCACAGCGGCUUUGUAAUCAUUUGUUCCAUAAUCUGCAAAAAGCAACGGUGCUUCUUUCUAUCGGGCUCUGCUGCUGCACUGGUUAGGAAACGAGCAGAGCCACGAGUACGUGGAUCAGGACUGAAUGAAGAAUAAUAUCGCCAUUAUUUAGCUGCAAACUUUCUAAACCUUUUGUUGUGAAGGAAAAGAACAGUGAAGAAUAAAGGCAAAAUAUUUUUGGGAUUGUUUUUUCAUCCAAGAUGAAACUUUAUGCUUUCAUGCAUGAACUUUGAAUUCAGUUGAAUAUUUAUAAAAAAAAUAUUGUAAAAAUGAAAAUCAUCAGUAGUAAUAUGGUUCUCUUAGUCAUUUAGGUUGUAAUCUCCACAGCUUUGAUUGUGUUUCCAUAGGAUUACAGUCAGAAAUUAAAGGGGGGGGGGGAAAAUCAAAAUUUUAGAAUAAAUGUUUUUGCAGUCAAAAAUAAUUUCACAUUUCAGGCCCAAUUUGUAAGUCUUAAGAGGGCCUGAAAAAAAAAGGAGCAUGGACAUUUUUUUCCAGACUUUUUUUCUUAUUCCAUUAAUAUAAAAAAAACCAAACAACUGUUUUUAAAUUAAGGGUGAUUUUUAUAUGUAUCUAUAUUUAAAUGGCAUCCUUUGUAACUGCACUGAUCUCAAAUAUCCAUGCUUCAUUCGCAUUUUUUUUUAUAUUCCACUGUAGAAAAACAAACCACCUUGAAAAGUAUAUAAAAAAUACAAUACAUCUACAAGCAUAGAAUUCGGUAACCAUUAUAUAAACCUUUGCUCUGUUUCGCAGUAUCAUCGCAUACAAAGCUUAACUUUACAUCUAUUAACAUUACUAUCUUUGUUUGUAAAAACCAGUUGCAGAAUGAGGGAGCCCACCUGCUGUUUUCUGUUUGGCUUACUUAACUUUCAGUCCUGCUUCAGGAGCACUGUUAUGUGUUUUAAGCAAAUUAUUUAAACUCAACAAAUUCAUAAACACUCUAGGAAACAUGUUACAAACAUUUGACAUACCUGAGCAUAGGAUAAUACUCAAAAAAGUGAAUGUUUAGACGAGUAGAAACAGCAACUAGCCUGGGUUGCCAUGGCAAUAUGAAACAAACGGCAGGUAUGCGCCCGUUACAUCCUACACUAUUAUGUUGUGUUAACCCCGAGAAAAUGAUUUAGGACCAGGAUUCAAAGGGCAGAACAAAAACACAGCUGAUCCACAGUUGAUUUUGAUUUUUUUUUAAUUUGCAGAGCACGUCCUAAUAGAUUCACUACUUUGAACUGAAAAAGGCUGCUCUGCUGUUCGUUUGGCCUGUAGAUUCUUCAAGAUCAGGUUUAGAUUCCCCCCAAAAUUUCCACUUUUAAUGUUUAAAUUUUUACAAUAAAGUAAAAUAAAGAAAAUUUAUCACAAAUUGUGCUUUAUCAAGUUGUAUUUAGUGUGGUCUUAUCCAGUGAUGAAAUUUUUAGAACAGAACUCAUCCCAAUUAGAAUGUCCUGGGAAUAUUUCAGGGAGAAAAGCAAAUUAAUUUAAACAUUACAAAAAAGUUCUCUCUUUUUUUUUUUAAAUUAAAAACAUUUUGCUCCUUUUUCUUAAAAAAUAUACAGUAUCUAACAAUUCUCCAAAAUAUUUUGCCUUUCUUCUGCCAGUUUCUCCAGACUAAGCCAUCUAAACUUUGAACCGUGACAUGUCCUGUGCUAUAAAAUUAAUGUUUGUUUGAUUGUUUAGAAGAAAUACAGUUAUAUUUAUCUCCAGAUAUGUGAUGGAGAAGCAUUAGAGAAGUUUGCACAAAAAAGAUGAGGUCAAAGUUAAACAUGCAGUAAAUAUUUAGGACUGAAAAUUGCUGUAAGGUAUGUUGGAAUGGGCUUUGUAACUAAAGCCACAGAGCAGCUCCAGUCUAAAAAUGAGUUGAAAACUGUUUGUGUGUUUUUGCUCCCUAUCUCUGCUGCUGAAUACUGUAAACUGUUUGCUGUUAAGCUGGUGUAAUUCCAAUCACAGCUGGCCAGGAAUGCAAAGUGAGACUUAAUUCCAGUGCUGGACCACAUUGUUCAAAAUUGCUGGUGCUCCUUUACAGUUUGUUUUGUUUGUGCCGUUCCUCCUGCAGCAAAGGGAGCCAGCAGGGUUUUGAAGUAUUUGUUUUGAUGGUGUUUGACUGAAGAACUCCCACAGCUCUUGAUUUUGCAGACAUUUUGCACAUUUCUGUUGCCUUCAUGGAAAGUUUUAUUCAGGAAGAGGGCGACGCAUCACAUUCCAGCUUUUCGAGACUCUUUGCAGAGAAAUCCGAUCAGUUUAAUCCGCAGUUUUCCUCCAGGUCAGCAGAUGUCCCCAUUUUCAAAGAUUUGGUCGUGAAGAUUUCUGUGUUUACUGCUGCAUUGUGUGACACGGUGGGCUUUUAGGUAUUUAAUGUGUGUGAGAUCAGCUUGACAUUUUUCAUCUUUGCUCUGUUGUGGUCAGGUUUCUUUCCCAGCCAAGCACACCAGUGUCACUUCAAAUUUGCAGAGUGAUAUGACUGACAAGCCCUUUUCCGUUUCUGAGAAUUAAUUUGUCCUUCACACAAGCAGGAGGUGCUGACAUUUGCACAGAUGUUGUAAAAUCUGGUCCUCUUGUUUUUAAGAAUAAAAAGACUGGCCUUCCAGGGG